AUGGAGAAGCUUGGUCAUGAAGACAUAACAUCGGAGAUCAUAUCAUGGCUUCCAGCCAAAUCUAUCAUGCGAUUCAAGUGUAUUUGUAAAGCUUGGAAUACUUGGAUAGAACAGCCCAACUUCCCCAAAUUGCACCAAGCCCGUUCUCAAGCCCGUCCCUCUGGCACCCGCCUUUUGUUUGAACUGUAUCCAUAUGAACCGCAUCCACAUCGACAUCCACUUGAUUAUAAGAUUGGCUUUCGUUCAAAAAAGCAAAGACGAUUAGAAAGAUAUUCUUUAGAAUUCACAACACGUUUCUACAUUGAAGAUAUGUUUAUAUGCUCAAAUCAUUGCAAUGGCCUUGUUUGUUUGUAUAGGUCUAAAGAUACUCAAGUUUAUUUGUUCAAUGUGAGCACGAGGGAGAUUAAGGCCUUGCCUUUCUCUGUGGAAGGCGUGAAGAAGAAUACAAUGGAUCCUAGAUUGUAUUUGGGAUUUGAUAAGGUAGCGGAAAAAUACAAGUUGCUCCAUAUUAUUUGGGAAAGGGAACCCCGAAGAAUGAAGCAUACGAUUCUAACUCUAGGAACCAAUUCGUGGAGAUCAAUCACUAUUCCCAGAGAUUGUUUUAUGACUUAUGCGAGACAUAUUUACCUUGACGGCUUUCUUUAUGGAGUUGAUACUUUUACCUACUUCAAUUUUACAGAGGAGAAGUUCGAGAAUCUUCCACACAAACAACUUUGUAAGUGUAGACUCAGUUUGAAUGUGAUGCAAACUGCAUUACGGGGGAAACUGGUUGUGCAUUGCGGAAGGGGACGUGCAAAUGCCAAUUUGAUAUGCAAUGAUCUUAAAAAGGAUUUUACGAAAUUUGUGGGUUAUUCCGAUAUUUCAGAGAAAGUUAUCACUCUUGAAACAGACAGGAUCGACAGGCCGACAGAGCCCCUGGACGCUGUUUUAGCAACAGCUAGCAUUAUUGGUGCCCCAACUUCUUUGCUGCACCCUGAUCUAUUCAGAAUAGCACAUGUCAGCAGUUUCGUCGACAACAUUAUCCCAUUAACGUCUUUAUUUUGA